ACAGCCGGCGCGCCAACCAAGUUGUAUUCUCGAUAGGUACCUGUUAAGUCGUCAUAAUUUAUGUUCCAAGUGUUUUUAGUAGCAAAUGUUUUUAGCGAUUUGUUUUAAGCUAUAUUCUCACAUUGCAUUAAUUAGUGAAUUAUGUUAAUGUGCUAAGUGUAUUUUGUUUAUUCCAAGAACAUUGGCUUUUGCUUACUCUGACCUUCGAUAUAUCUCUUAAUGUCGCCAUUUUGACCACGCAAGUUAAUUUUUUGUGAAGCUUUUCUGCCCUAAUUAUUAUUUAGGUAUUGUUACGUGCGAUUUCAAAUGUCUUGCCUUAAACAAGAAUGUCACAAAAUAGCAGUGUAGUUAAUGUUGUUAUUAAAGACUCUAAUGGAAAACGUCAAAUCGUAAAGGUAGUGCCAAGUUCUAACAUUCCACUUGCUCAGUUAAAACUCAAAAAGACCCCCGUGAACGUUUUUAAAGCCCCACAAAUACAAGGGAGUAUACAGAGUCAAGUUGCACAGGUUAUUUCAACUGAUCCACAAUUAUCUUCAAAAACUACAUCACCCCUGAAAGAAGUUAACAUUAAGUUAGAGCCCACAGAAGAAACUGAAACUGAUUGGAAAGAUUCAAUAAUCUUUGAGCCCACUGAAUUUAAUCAAAAUCUGGCAAGUAAAAGGGUGAAAAGGCUCACUGUCAACAUGUCUCAUGCAUCACGUAGGAGGCAUGACUCCGAUAACGAUCCUCCUGCUGAAUACACAACAAAAAGGCGCAAGCAUGCUGACAAAGUCGGAAAGGGUUUGAGGCAUUUUUCAAUGAAAGUUUGUGAAAAAGUUAGGAAUAAGGGAUUUACUUCAUACAACGAAGUGGCAGAUGAGCUGGUUCUUGAAUUUGCUACGGGAAUACAUGGGUCCUCAGAUAGCCAACAAUAUGACCAAAAGAAUAUUCGGCGGCGUGUUUAUGACGCCUUAAACGUAUUAAUGGCCAUGAACAUUAUAUCAAAAGACAAAAAGGAAAUAAGGUGGUUAGGUCUACCCACUAAUUCAGUGCAGGAAUGUACAGCCCUUGAAAAGGAGAAACAAGCCAAAUUGGAACAAAUUAGAAAGAAAACACAGCAGUUACAAGAAAUGAUUUUACAGCAUAUAUCAUUCAAAUCUUUAAUAGAAAGGAAUAAGGAAGCAGAAAAUAAAGGUGUUAUACCAUCUCCUUCAUCGGCGAUACAUCUGCCUUUUAUUGUUGUAAAUACAAGUGAUAAGGCUCUUAUUGACUGUAGUAUCUCUAAUGAUAAGACAGAAUAUUUGUUUAAAUUUAACAAAAGGUUCCAGAUUCACGAUGAUAUAGAUAUAUUGAAAAGAAUGGAUUUAUUAUUUGGAUUAGAUAAAGGUGAAUGCUCAGAAGAAAAUCUCGAUAAAGCAAAAAGUAUGGUACCGAAGUCAUUAGAAUGUUAUGUUGAACAAAUGGCUCGUGGUCUCAGCAAUAAUCUAAGUGAUGUACUUGAUGAUGAGUACUUAGAAGAGGGAGUUGAAGAUGAGACAUUAGGAGAAGGCGAUGAUGAUGAACAGGAAACAGAAGUCAAUGAAUACAGUGAAGAUAGCAGUGAUGUUGACGUUUAAUAUAUGAAUUUACACAAUUUCA